AUGGACGCAAGUGGUGACAUCGGCGCCAAGCGCAAGCGCAGCGCUGUCGCCGGUGCUGCGGAGCGGCCGGUCAAGCACCUCAAGCCUGAGGGAUCGGCGCUAACCCCCGGAGACUCAACCCCGGCCAAUGGAACGGUAUACGAUAUCGAGGAGGAUGACGAUGCUAGCCGCAUGAUACCUGUUGGCCCGGCGCAAGCAGACUCGCCCGAAUGGCAGGCCACCAUUGAGACCGUGGUCAAGAGCGUCGUGUCUAUCCACUUCUGUCAGACCUGCUCUUUUGACACCGAGCUUUCCAUGAGCAGUCAAGCGACUGGUUUCGUCGUUGAUGCUGAGCGCGGAUAUAUCUUGACGAAUCGACAUGUGGUGUGCGCUGGUCCAUUCUGGGGAUACGUCAUCUUUGAUAACCACGAGGAGUGUGACGUCCGUCCUGUCUAUCGAGACCCCGUUCACGAUUUCGGCAUUCUCCAGUUUGACCCCAAGGCCAUCCGAUACAUGAACUUGACCGAGCUCAAGCUUCAGCCGGACGCUGCUCGAGUUGGUGCCGAGAUUCGCGUGGUUGGUAACGAUGCGGGUGAGAAGCUGAGCAUUUUGUCCGGUGUGAUCAGUCGAUUGGACCGUAAUGCACCGGAGUAUGGUGAGGGAUACAGUGACUUCAACACAAACUACAUCCAGGCUGCGGCUGCUGCCAGUGGCGGUAGUUCCGGAAGUCCUGUCGUGAAUAUUGACGGCCAUGCCGUAGCCUUGCAAGCUGGUGGUCGAGCCGAUGGUGCUGCAACCGACUAUUUCUUGCCGCUGGAUCGCCCGCUUCGUGCCUUGGAAUGCAUCCGCCAGAGCAAAUCUGUCACUCGAGGCACCAUCCAGACCCAGUGGAUCCUCAAACCGUUCGAUGAAUGCCGUCGUUUGGGUUUGACUCCCGAGUGGGAGGCGGCCGUGCGAAAGGCAGCGCCUACCGAGACCAACAUGCUCGCAGCUGAGAUUAUCUUGCCCGAGGGACCCGCAGAUGGCAAGAUUCUCGAAGGGGAUGUGUUGCUGCAGGUAAAUGGAGAGCUUUUGACCCAAUUUGUCCGUCUUGAUGACAUUUUGGACUCCAGUGUGGGCAAGACAGUCAAGUUGCUCGUGCAAAGAGGAGGAGAAAACGUUGAAGUGGAGUGUGAGGUCGGGGAUCUCCAUGCCAUCACCCCCGAUCGGUUCGUAACUGUGGCUGGAGGAACUUUCCAUGACCUUUCAUACCAGCAAUCUCGCCUUUACGCUAUUGCCACCCGUGGAGUGUACGUGUGCGAGGCAGCCGGUUCUUUCAAACUGGAGAACACGCUGUCCGGGUGGAUCAUUGAUUCCGUCGACAAGCGUCCGACUCGAAACUUGAAUGAGUUCGUCGAGGUGAUGAAGACCAUCCCUGAUCGCUCGCGAGUUGUCAUCUCCUACCGUCAUAUUCGAGACCUCCACACCAAGGGUACUAGCAUCAUCUAUGUCGACCGUCACUGGCAUCCGAAGAUGCGCCUGGCUGUUCGCAAUGAUAAAUCCGGUAUCUGGGACUUCUCGGAUCUCUCUGAUCCCAUUCCGGCCGAGCCACCCAUUCCUCGCAAGGCGGACUUCAUCCAAUUGGAUGGUGUGAGCCAGCCUGCUGCUGCUGAGAUUGUCCGCAGCUUCGUACGGGUCUCUUGCACCAUGCCUCUGAAGCUUGACGGAUACCCUCAAGCCAAAAAGACAGGUUUCGGCCUGGUGAUUGAUGCCGAGAAGGGUCUGGUCGUGGUGUCGAGAGCGAUCGUUCCCUAUGACCUUUGCGACAUCAAUAUCACAGUGGCCGAUUCGGUCAUCGUCGGUGCCAAGGUUGUCUUCCUGCACCCGCUCCAAAACUAUAGUAUUAUCCAAUAUGACCCCAAGCUCGUAAAUGCGCCUGUGCAAAGCGCCCGACUCAGCACGGACUACAUCAAGCAGGGACAGGACACUAUCUUCGUCGGUUUCAACCAGAACUUCCGCAUUGUCGUGGCCAAGACGGCCGUCACCGAUAUCACCACUGUUUCAAUUCCCGCAAAUGCGUCGGCUCCCCGCUACCGCGCCAUCAACCUGGAUGCCAUCACUGUUGAUACUGGACUCAGUGGACAGUGCACCAAUGGUGUGUUGAUCGGCGAGGACGGUGUGGUGCAGGCGCUGUGGCUAAACUACCUCGGUGAACGCACGCCCAGCUCUCACAAGGAUGUUGAGUACCACCUUGGUUUCGCCACGCCGUCAUUGCUUCCGGUCACUUCCAAGAUCCAGCAGGGCGUCACCCCCAAGCUGCGGAUCUUGAACAUGGAAAGUUAUGUCGUGCAAAUGAGCCAAGCUCGCAUUAUGGGUGUCUCUGAGGAGUGGAUUCAGAAGGUUGCGCACUCUAACCCAUCCCGACACCAACUCUUUAUGGUCCGGAAGGUUGACUGCCCGCCGGCGACUUUUACUGCCACCGAGGGCAUCGACAGCUUCCAGGAAGCCGACAUUAUCCUAACUCUGGAUGGUCAACUCAUCACCCGCGUCUCGGAGCUCGACAUGAUGUAUGAGAAGGAAGCUCUAGAUGCUUUGAUCGUCCGAAACGGUCAAGAGAUGCACAUCCGAGUUCCCACCGUUCCUACAGAAGACCUUGAGACCGACCGCGCUGUCGUCUUCUGUGGUGCUGUUUUGCAGAAGCCCCAUCACGCUGUGCGGCAACAAAUUUCCAAACUCCACAGUGAGAUCUACGUGAGCGCAAGAAGCCGCGGCUCUCCUGCCUACCACUACGGUCUCGCCCCUACCAACUUCAUCACUGCUGUCAACGGUGUCCCAACGCCCAAUCUCGAUAGCUUUGUCAAGCAAGUUCGCCAGAUCCCGGACAACACCUACUUCCGUCUUCGUGCCGUUACCUUCGACAACGUUCCGUGGGUAGUGACUAUGAAGAAGAACGAUCACUACUUCCCCAUGUCUGAGUAUCUCAAAGACCCAUCCAUCUCUGCGGGCUGGCGCACUAUCUCCCACGAUAAGUCCGGUGACAAGCUCGGCAUCUCUCCCGACGCCGCAAACCUGAACCCCGAUGCAAUGGACGAAGGCUUGGAGGGUGGAGCUAGCGACAUGGAACCCGACAUGGAAUAG